AUGGCCACCAGGGAUCUGGUAGUGGGAGUGAUCUUCUCAAUACAGACUGUGGUUGGAAUCCUGGGGAACUUCUCUCUUCUUUACCAUUAUCUUCUCCUUUAUUUCACUGCGUGUAGGCCAAGGUCCACAGAUUUGAUUGUCAAAAAUCUGAUUGUAGCCAACAUUUUGGUCCUGUUCUUUCUUGGAAUACCCGAUACAAUGUCAUCUUUUGGGUGGUAUCACGUCUUCAGUGAUUUUGGAUGCAAAUUUUUUCCCUAUGUUCGUGGGGUGGGCAGGGGAGUGUCCAUUGGCACCACCUGCCUCCUGAGUGUCUUCCAGGCCAUCAUCAUCAGCCCCAGGAACUCCAGGUGGGCAGCGCUUAAAGGGAAAGCUCUCAAGUGCAUUGUCCCUUCAAUUGUCUUGUGCUGGGUCUUGCAGAUACUGGUAAAUAUCCUGUCUCCCCUGUUUCUGACUAGCCCUUUGAAUGACAAAAACAUCACAAAGAGAAAAACUUUCAGAUACUGUUCUUCAGUUUGUCAUGACAAAACCAGUGACUCAUUGUAUGCAGCAUUGUUAUCAUUCCCUGAUGUGUUAUGUUUGGGGCUUAUGAUCUGGGCCAGUGGCUCUAUGGUCUUCAUCCUGUACAGGCACAAGCGGAGGGUCCAACACAUUCUUAGGACCAACGUCUCCUCCACAUCAUCGCCUGAAUCCACAGCCACCAAAACCAUCCUUCUCCUGGUGAUUUGGGCCUGUUGGCAAGAAAGAGGUUUGGAGGUGAACGCUUAUGUCUCUGAAGUGAUGAGAUUAGUUUAUGGUGGAGACUUCCACUGA